GAGAGUAGAAUGAACAUAGCAACGAGCUUCAAUUAAUUUCACAAAGGAGGAGAAGCUCCCGCUCAGUUACUUGUUUUCAAUUUUGAAUUGAAUAGAAAAGCGACAACUUCCAUCAAAUUCCUAGGGUUUUCUUAUCUCCCAAACAGUUAUGCCGCGCGAACGUAAAUGGAGAUGGAAGACAAUGAAUUAGAGGAUCCUCUCUCUAACUAUUGGGGCCUUUCCCUCUUCCCUUCAGCAUCUCUCUCUCCCUCCAAUCCAAUCGACUUAGACCAACAUCUUCUCACCAUCCACACUCACCUCAGAUCCAUGGCCUUGCGAAGUCCUGCUAAACUCGCGGAGCAGACGAAAUCCAUAAUGGAUGAAAAUCCAGAACUGUUCAACUCUGAUAAUUCGAGAGGUCCAUCUUCUGACAAGAGAAAUGAUGAUGAUGAUGGUGGUGGUGAUGUUGUUGCUGAAGAGGAUGAAGAGUUUUGUCGUCUACGAAGACCAGCCUUAGGCCUCAAGCGUCCACGUUUCUCUAUAAAGCCAACUAAAAAACCCUCUGUUGAGAGUUUGUUACCAACGUUGGACCUUGAUAAUCUGAAAGACCCGGUGGAAUUCUUCUUGGCCCAUGAACGGUUGGAAAAUGCGAAAAGAGAAAUACAGAAGCAGCUGGGGGGUGUGUCGUUUGAGCCUGAUCAGGAUAAUACAUCCACUAGACCGCGACAACGUCGGCCAGGACUUUUGGAGAAUAAUCAACAGUCAAUCAAAUACAGGCAUAGAUAUCCAAAAGAAACCCUUGACAAUAAUGUUUGUGUUCAAUCUUCUCAAGAGGCAUUCGGAUCUGACAGUCUUGAUCCUGUUGCUGAGAACGCUGACAAAGGUGGAACUUGUCUGAAAUCCUUGGAAAGUGAAGUAGCGGAUUCAUCUGCUGUUGACGAGAACAAACUUGAUGAAAUAUUGGAUGGAUUGCUUAGUUGCAGUUCUGAAGAUCUAGAGGGGGAUGGGGCAAUUACUCUUUUGCAGGAGAGGUUACUGAUCAAGCCCAUUGUUUUAGAGAACUUAUCCCUUCCAGACUUCCCAGAUAAUCAAGUGAUUGAUCUGAAACCACUGCGAUCAAAUUCAUCAAAACAAAGGAAGCCUUUAUCUGACAUCGAUAAUUUGUUGAAAGGAAUGAAUAACAAGACACCUCUUAGAAAGGAUGUUCGAUGCCCUGUACAGCAAUUAGCUUCACCCACCCCACCAAGAAGUCCAUUUGCUGCAUUGUCAUCAUUGCAGAAGCACAUUUCACAGUCAAAGCAAUCAGUGGAUCCUUUUUCAGCUCAGGAAAUCGAUCAUUUAUCCACAAGAAACUGCUCUCCAACUCUUAAUGUAAUCCCGGAAUUCAAUCUUGAUUCCAGGAAGCUGUCCAAUGAACGGAAUACACCUAUUACUGAAGAUGUUAUUGCAAUUGGUAAGACAAGAGCAGUUUUGGACACAGACAGAAAUUGUGCCAGUAUUUCUGAAUAUUCCAAAAACGACAAUUCUGGGGAGUCAUCAAAUAAACUGAUUGUGCCCUCAAUUGAAGAUGUAAUUACAGAUGAUGGAACAAGUUUGGAUGAGGACACUGUGAGAAAUUGUACCACUAUUUCUCAAAACCCCAAGAUGGAUAACUCGAGGGAACCUAGGCUUGAUGCUAAUAUUGACUCAAAUGAACCUUGUGUUGACAUGGACAUGGAUAUUGGAGGCAGUGGUAUGGCUGAAAGGGUUAUGGAUGACAGCCUAGACAGGUCAAACAUUGAGGCAAAUGAAUCCUGUCAAUCUGAGAACAAAGUAGAAAAUAGACAGACAUUUACUGCUUCUGUGCCAAUGGAUGAUUUGAAUUUCAACUUGGUGAACCCACUUGCUGUUCAAUUAAAUCCUGCUGGACAUCAAGCCAAUGCUAUGGAUAAAUGCACUAGAAGAUCAGAUGAUGAUCCAGAACAUUGUUUACAGGAAAAGACAGACGGUUCUGUGGUUCCUGUUAAUGGACAAAAGAGAGUUAAAUUACGUUCACAAAGAGAGUCGAAGGAUAAACAACUUUCGCGGAGACAGAGCCUUGCAGCUGCGGGUACUGCAUGGAAAUCUGGAUUAAGGAGAAGCACCAGGAUCAAAACAAGGCCAUUGGAAUACUGGAAAGGGGAAAGACUGGUGUAUGGUCGCGUGCACGAAAGUUUGGCUACUGUCAUUGGUGUGAAGUGUAUGUCCCCGGGAAGCGAUGGGAAACCGACCAUGAAGGUGAAAUCUUUCGUAUCAGAUACGUACAAAGAGCUUUUGGACUUGGCUUCUCUACAUUGAAUGUAAAAUAAGUUCGGCCAAUUUAUUUUCCUGAACUAUCUUUUGUCUCAUUUGGAGGAUUCUUCGGUGCCUUUUAAGUAAAAUGAAUGAGCUUAGCAAGAAAACUCAACUGAUAGUGAUGAUUAAUUUUU